UUGUCUGCGACUGCCUGCAAAGCUUUGUUUUCCUAUCACUGAACACUGUUCCCGUUUUUAUAUCUGCUCUCUAAAAGACAGUGUGUUAUUCAGUGGUGAGGGAUGUGAGCACGCUGGGUUUAGAGGGGAGUGUGCAAGGCCAGUGCAUGGGGGCUUCUCCUCUUUGGAUGUCUGCAGUGCUCAGGCAUUCUGAACACAAAAGAAGUACAGGGGGAGGUGGGGAAUCUUAGCUGCUGCCUGAAGAGUUAAUGUAAGCCUCAUCAUUCUAUACAGGUCAAACCCAAGAACUAUAUUAGAGUCAUUGUUUAAUACAGCAUGGAAAGUCUCAGCCCUCCCAUAAUGUUUGAUUUCAAUAUGGGCAGUGGCGGCACUAUGGUGACCCCUGGGAAAAAGCCAGCAGGGGAGACUUCAAACUCCAAUAAAAAAUGUAAGCGAUACUUCAACGAGCAUUGGAAAGAAGAGUUCACAUGGCUGGAGUUUGAUUAUGAACGUAAGCUGAUGUUCUGCAUAGAGUGCCGACAGGCUCUGGUGAAGAACAAGCAUGGCAAGGCCGAGAAUGCCUUUACAGUAGGCACUGACAACUUUCAGCGUCAUGCACUUCUUCGUCAUGUGACAUCAGGUGCCCACAGGCAGGCACUUGCAGUCAAUAGGGAACAGCUAGCCAUGGAAUUACAGUAUCAUCAAGAAAUGAAGUCAGUAAUUAAAGCAGAGAUGGACCCUUCCAAAAUAGCAAUUUUAUCCACAGUUUACUGUAUGGCUAAGGAUGGCAUCUCAAAUGGUAAACUGUCUUCACUGCUGGAACUGCAGAAGUUCAAUCUUUGUGAAGCAUUAUUGUCCUCUGAGCAAAAUGAAUAUUACCACCCAAGCAGUGUGAGAGAAAUGCAGGCCGCCAUUGUUAAAGUCCUUCGCAGCGAUGAUCGGAGUAGAUUGAAAGACUCCCCAUUCAUUGGGCUGGUGGUUGAUGAGACUGUGGACAUCAUAGAACACCGAAAUCUUGUGGUGUUUGCAACUUCAAUUUCACCUUGCAAUGGGCAACUGUACGUCAUGUUCCUUGGAAGGUUUGAGUUGUCAUUAGGCGAAGUCAACUCUGUUACAGACAAAUUAGUGCAAAUAUUAGAAGACUUUCAUAUACCAGCUAAAAAGGUUGCCUGGCUCACUUCAGAUGGAACUUCAUUGAUGUCUGAUCAAUUGAAUGGUGUUGGAGAAAAACUAAGGUCCCUUUGUCCUCUUAUCACAGAACUUCAUUGCAUAUCACAUAAAAGAUCUUUGCUUCCAGCUGAAAGUUUUAUCAGCAUUGAAUAUGCAAGGAAAUAUGAAAGUAUUAUGGAUGCUGUUUAUAGACUCUAUGGCAAUAAGAAUGGGGACAGUCACAGUAUACAAGAGUUACAGAAUGUUUUUGCAUUAUGUGGCAUAGAUUUAAAUACUCCAGGUACAAUUCACUGGACAUCCAUAUUGUCAGCGGUUGAAACCAUUGAUUCUUCCUGGCCAAGCCUGGUUCUUUUACUUGAAAGUGAAUCUUCAAAGUCUCCCAUAGCCAGUGGACUAUGCUUAGAGCUUAAAAAAUUCUGGUUUGUGGCUUUUACCAAGGUAUUACUAGACAUCCUCCCCAUUUUUCAGAAACUCAACCAGUUUUUCCAGAUUGAGGACUUAGACUUAUCAAUGGUAAAUCCCAUUGUCUCUGCAUCCUUGGCCACUUUGCAGGCUCAGAAAUCCAUGAGUGGUCAGAACUUUCAGGAGUUCUUGAAUGAGCUGAAUGAGCAUCCAGAUGAAGACAAUGAGAGCAGAUUUUACUAUAAAGGGGUGGAGUUGGCAGACUGUUCAAAAGCCAAGCUGAAGAGUUUUGAGAUCCUAAAAGAGACUUGUCUUGAUAAUGUUUGCAGGAGCCUGCAAGACCGUUUUCCUUGCAGUGUUCUCAAGGUGGUAAGCUCCUUCUCUAUAAUUUUCAAUCCAAAGUGCUACCCAUCAUCUUUGGAUGACAUAGGCACUUAUGGUGAGGAGGACCUGCGCCAUCUUCUGCAGUAUUUUUCUCAUGUACUGAUUCCUGAGCGAGCUUCCAAUGACUUUGCCUUAUUCAAACGUAUUGUGUUCAGCCUUAGCAACCUGACCUUCAAAGACCUCUGUGUUAAGCUGGUUCAUACCAGCUCAGAAAUGCAUGAGCUAUUCCCUGACUUCACUGUCCUUGCUGCUGUGGCUCUGGCUCUUCCCCUUGGAUCGGUGCUUUAUGAGAAAAUUCACAGAGCCGAAGAGAACUGGAAAAUGAUAAGAAGGUUAGGGAGGAUAGAAGGCAGUCUUUGUGAUGUCUUGAAAAUCAGCAUUGAUGGCCCAGUACUUAAUGAGUUUGACACUGCCAGAGCCAUUGAUUUAUUUGAAAACAUGAGAGAACAUGAGUCCUUUGCCUCUGAGGAAAAAUGGGAAUCUCAAUGUACUUAAGUGAAAUCAUCAUGGACAAGAUAAAACAACUGUUUGUCAGAUACAGGGUGAUUCUCUUAAGCAAAAUUGUGUUUCAGUCCUACCACUAGGUAUGGACUAUAUCAUUUACUCUUGUAUCAAAGGGAUAUGAAACCCACAUUUUUUCUGUCAUGAUUGAGAAAGAAUAUGCAAUUUCUCUUGUAAGGUGUAUCCAGUCCACGGAUCAUCCAUUACUUGUGGGAUAUUCUCCUUCCCAACAGGAAGUUGCAAGAGGAUCAUCCACAGCAGAGCUGCUAUAUAGCUCCUCCCCUA